UGCCCACUGGUGGCGGAUACGCCCUUUCCUCAUUAACAGAACCGACAGGAGGGGCCCUGGUGGGGCUGGCAGCCCCCUUCCCUCACUACUCAGGUGCCGCGCAGUGGCAGGAAGCCAUCCCCUCUGUCGGCCGGUGCGCGGGGCUGUUGCGCCAUCCGCUCCAGCUUUCGUAACCGCACCCUGGGACGGCCUUUAGAAGCUCCAUCGCGAGUUCCUCAAAUGUUUUCCUGCGUUGCCUAGACCGUCCGCUGCUCUGAGUCAUGUGCGAGUGGGAAGUCGCACUGACACCGAGUCCGGCCAGAGGGAGCGGAGCCGAGCGCGGCGCGGGGCCGAGGGACUCGCAGUGUGUGCAGAGCGCGGGGCUCCCGGGGUGCCUGAGCCCGCCUGCGCGCCCGCCGCCCCGCCCCUGCCACCCGGUGCCCACCAGCCCGCCCGCCUCUGCGGGACCAUGGAGCGGUAACCGAGGAGGAAGCAUGCUGGCCGUCGGCUGCGCGCUGUUGGCUGCCCUGCUGGCCGCGCCGGGGGCGGCGCUGGCUCCGGGGGGCUGUCCUGCGCUGGAGGUGGCGAGAGGCGUGCUGACCAGCCUGCCGGGAGACAAUGUGACCCUGACCUGCCCCUGGGGAGAGCUGGAAGACAAUGCCACUGUUGACUGGGUGCUCGAGAAGCCAGCUGAAGGUGCCCACCCCGGCAGAUGGGCUGGCAUGGGAAGGAGGCUGCUGCUGAGGUCGGUGCAGCUCCACGACUCGGGAAACUAUUCCUGCUUCCAGGCUGGCCACCCAGCUGGGACUGUGCACUUGCUGGUGGAUGUUCCUCCCGAGGAGCCCCAGCUCUCCUGCUUCCGGAAGAGCCCCCUCAGCAAUGUUGUUUGUGAGUGGGGUCCUCAGAGCACCCCAUCCCCGACCACCAAGGCUGUGCUGUUGGUGAGGAAGUUUGAUAACAGUCCAGCCAAAGACUUCCAGGAGCCGUGCCAGUAUUCCCAGGAGUCCCGCAAGUUCUCCUGCCAGUUGGCCGUCCCAGAGGGAGACAGCUCUUUCUACAUAGUGUCCCUGUGCGUCGCCAGUAGUGUCGGGAGCAAGUUCAGCAAAGCGCAAACCUUUCAGGGUUGUGGAAUCUUGCAGCCCGAUCCUCCUGCCAACAUCACAGUCACUGCUGUGGCCAGAAACCCCCGCUGGCUCAGUGUCACCUGGCAAGACCCCCCCUCCUGGAACUCAACUUUCUACAGACUGCAGUUUCAGCUCCGCUAUCGGGCUGAACGAUCAAAGACAUUCACAACAUGGAUGGUCAGGGACCUCCAGCAUCACUGUGUCAUCUACGACGCCUGGAGCGGCCUGAGGCACGUGGUGCAGCUUCGCGCCCAGGAGGAGUUCGGACAAGGCAAAUGGAGCGAGUGGAGCCCAGAGGUCAUGGGCACACCUUGGACAGAAUCCAGGAGCCCUCCAGCUGAGAAGGAGGUGUCCACCCCCACGCAGGCACCAAAUGCUAAUAAAGACGACAAUAAUACUCUCCCCAGAGAUUCUGCAAAUGUGACAAGCCUCCCAGUGCAAGAUUCUUCUUCAGUACCGCUGCCCACAUUCCUGGUGGCUGGAGGGAGCCUGGCCUUUGGAACGCUCCUCUGCAUUGCUGUUGGCCUGAGCCCUUCCUGGAGUAACUGAUCUUCGAUGGAAUUGAGGGAGGCCACCUUGCUCCCACUUUGGGGCUCAAGAAGACGCGGAAGCGGCGGGCUGGGAAGGAAGAUAAGACCAGCACGCACCCGCCGUACUCUUUGGGGCAGCUGGUCCCGGAGAGGCCCCGAUCCACCCCAGUGCUUGUUCCUCUCAUCUCCCCGCCGGUG